CCAAUUUCCAAAUCAACCAACCAAACUCAUACAACUAAACCAAAGUGAUUCACACAACACAGUCUCCGCUCUUCUCUCUCUAUACCUCCAAAACCCGACCCGAAAAUGCGAUCCAAAUCGGAUCCCCCGGUGCCCACACCCUCCUCCGGCGGCUUCGAUUCCUCCUCCGGCGCAUCCAUCGAUCCAAUCUUCCACCUCCUCCGCGUCCUCCCCUUCAGCUUCCUCCGUCCCCCUCGCCUCCGCCUGAAGCUUCCCUCCCUAUCCCUCCCCUCCCCGAACGCCGUCUUCGCCCUCCUCCUUCUUACCUACUUCAUGGUCGUCUCAGGCAUCGUCUACGACAUCAUCGUCGAGCCCCCCGGCAUUGGCUCCACGCAGGACCCCUACACCGGCGCCGUUCGCCCCGUCGUCUUCAUGUCCGGCCGUGUCAACGGCCAGUACAUUAUCGAGGGCCUCUCCUCCGGCUUCAUGUUCGUCCUCGGCGGCGUCGGCAUCAUUCUCCUCGACCUCGCCCUCGAUCGCAACCGCGCGAAAUCCGUCAAGGUGUCCUACGCCUCCGCCGGAGUUUCCUCCGUGGUUCUCGCCUACGUCAUGAGCAUGCUCUUCAUCCGCAUCAAGAUCCCCGCGUAUCUUAGAUGAAUGAGUUGACUCGCUUCCUGAAUUUUGCGUAAUUUGUAGUUUGACUGUACCUGAGGUUUUCGUUUUCGCGUAUUCUAGUGUUGUUGAAUUGAAAUGGAUAUAAUAGUAAUUGGAUCUGAUUUGGUGUUAUUUA